UUGUGGGUAGCGGAUAAAAGAUAUAUAAAAGAGAUUCCAAAAUUCAUGGCAGAUGAUUGUGCCAGGCUUAUUACUUAGGAGUGAGUUAGGUUCUCCGAUAAGGAUCCCUGAAACUGAGGUGCCGCUCUAGGCUCUGACUCGCUUCCCUUUUCACUUCUAUGAUAAACUCUUGAAGGCGAAUUCCCCGCGCUCGGAUACUUGCAAUGCGCCUGCGCGCUCCUUAUCUUCCUCUCAGGCCUCUACUCCCCCCCCACGACUCCCCUUAAGAAAGUUGGCGCGGGAAGUAAGCGUAAAGGGUCGUUACAGCCGUGCGAGUGACGUAGUAAAAGUGCGCCGCCGGCUAAGGCAAGCAGGGGAAGGGGCAGGUUGGGCCGGGCGAAGAACUUCUUCUGCAGGGGGUUUUGGAUCCUUGCUUUGGAUGUGUGGAAGCUGAUGUUCGCCUCAAUAUGUCAAACUUGGCUGCGUAGCUAAUUGUUGGGAGGAAAACUCCUUUAAGGCAAAUGCUGUGAAAUUUCUUUUCUCAACUGGAUUUCUUGGAAUACUCAUUCACCUGAUUGGAGAAGUGACAGACUGUUGUCAUGGAUCAGAACAAUAGUAUACCACCCUAUGCCCAGGGGUUAGCAUCUCCUCAGAGUGCAAUGACUCCUGGCAUCCCUCUUUUUAGUCCCAUGAUGCCUUAUGGCACAGGGCUCACACCCCAACCUGUUCAAAGCACCAACAGUUUAUCUAUUCUGGAAGAACAGCAGAGGCAGCAGCAACAACAACAACAACAGGCAGCAGCGCAGCAGUCCACAUCACAACCCACGCAGGGGUCAUCUGGACAGACACCACAGCUCUUUCAUUCGCAGACGCUUACUACCGCUCCUUUACCUGGAACUACACCACUCUACACCUCACCAAUGACACCCAUGACCCCAAUAACGCCUGCAACACCUGCCUCUGAAAGCUCUGGGAUUGUGCCACAGCUCCAGAAUAUUGUGUCUACAGUAAACCUUGGUUGCAAACUUGACCUAAAAACCAUUGCCCUUCGUGCUCGAAAUGCUGAGUACAACCCAAAGCGUUUCGCUGCUGUAAUUAUGAGAAUAAGAGAGCCACGAACUACAGCUCUCAUAUUUAGCUCUGGGAAGAUGGUGUGUACAGGAGCUAAAAGUGAGGAGCAAUCCAGGCUAGCAGCCAGAAAGUAUGCUAGAGUUGUGCAGAAGUUGGGCUUUCCAGCCAAAUUUUUGGAUUUUAAGAUUCAGAAUAUGGUGGGCAGCUGUGAUGUAAAAUUUCCUAUCCGGCUUGAGGGACUGGUCCUCACACAUCAACAGUUUAGUAGUUAUGAGCCAGAGUUAUUUCCUGGCUUAAUUUACCGAAUGAUCAAACCAAGAAUUGUCCUGCUUAUAUUUGUUUCUGGGAAGGUAGUUCUUACUGGUGCAAAAGUCAGAGCUGAAAUUUAUGAAGCGUUUGAAAAUAUAUAUCCUAUUUUAAAGGGAUUCAGAAAGACAACGUAACAGGUUCUUGUGCUUAUCUAGGAAAUUGGGGCACACUUUAAAAGGUAUUAUGACACAGCAGUAAAAGGAGAUGUACAGACUUGCAACAUCAGGACUUGGGAGUAUUUUCCCAGUUAGUGCCUAUUUCCCUGGAUCUUUUUGGAAAGGGAAAUCCUCAUUGCGUGUUAUAUCUGUACUGAACUACUGUGAGUUGCUUCGUUGCACUCUCCUUUGAGAAACAAGCCAGUUUAUUUAUAUGUUUAGCUUUUAAAGUUUUAACUGCUUUGUUUCCCUUUUUUAAAAAAAAUCUGGGUCUCAUGCCGGCAAAUUAAACUGUGUUAUCCAAAAGUUAAAAUUUUUUGGUUAUAGUAUUCUUUUAACCAGAAGUUUUAUAAUUGGAAAAUGUAAUUCUAGUCUUUCAGCUGUUCUUUCACAUUCCCUUUGCCAGUGUUCAGCAGGACAGUAACUUGCUAUUGAAAAGAAAUGCCUGUAUAUAGUCCUAAUUUGGGGAGCAGUUGGAGUUCUAAAUGUGUAAUUAAUGCUGAUUAUGAAACUUGAGAAUUAAAUCUGAAAUAGUAUCACUUUAUCAAUUGAUUUGCUUAUGCUGCUGUUUUAAUGUAUUAAACGCAUGCCUGUAGCUUCAAUGUAUUGAACUGUUUUUAUAAGAUUUUUCUUAACAAUCCAGUAUUAAAGGAAUGUGUUUUGUCAUUUAAA